AUGGAGCUCACGACGGGGCCGGAGCGCAUUUUUAAGCUGUGCGUGGCCGAUGAGUCAGCCAGGUUCCAGGCUGCCGGCACGAUUCGCAGUGAGCUUGACGCGGCCGACGGUUUCAUUCACCUCUCCGACCGCACGUCUGCGCCAGUGGUCGCCGGCCUGUUCUUCUCCACCGCGAAGGACCUCAGGCUCAUCGAGCUGGCGUCGUCGAAGCUCGCACCGUUGUCGUGGGUAGUGGGCAAGAUGGGCGAUGCGGCGCCCACGCCAGCCGAGGGAGAGCUUGCGAUACACUACCUCAUUCCGGAGGGAUGCGUGCACGUGUUCGGCGCUGGUGGCGUUCCGACGAGCGCCAUCGUGCGAGAGGAGGCCGUGCCGCUCGGGGCGGACGGCAAGCACGUCUUUCCUGACUGGCUUUAGAGAUUGGUAUCUGUGGUCCGUGUUCUUCUUUCCUGAACCAUCACUUCACCCGGAGAUCACCGCUGUGCGGCGGCUCUGGCCGUUGUGGCCUUCGGCCGGUGUCUCUUAGAGUCGACAGCGCAAUACACACAGGAGCUGUACAGGCGAAUUUGAUAGUUUGCUGACGAAAUGGAAAGGCUAUAUGA